UUGGUGCUGCAGCCAAAGCGAGAAGCGCCCGAAUUCCGUUUCGCUUUAGACAAAGCCUUGUCGAUAAAUGCGCUGGCCGAAUCGCCUAAAUUGCUCGUGAAACCAAUGGCGCUCUGCAAGACGCUUCACACCCACCACCUGUUUCUUAAAACAACGCAAGGCUAUCUUCUUCGCUCCGGGAUUUGCCUUGUGUGUCUGAGCGUCUCGCGGGUCGUGCGUCGAGGGGGGAACAGAAUUGGAGGUCGGAGGCGUGAGGGAGAGGGUUUCCGGACCCGAAGACGGUCAAAAAGAAGAAAGAAAGACAAGGCCGAAACUCGCAGUCGCUAUUCUUUUGCGGCUUCGAGAAGCUGCGGAAGAUGCAAUGUGGAAAAAGGGAAAAAAGGAGGACACGCGCCGCCGGCAGGGUCGGUAUGCAGGAAUAGGCCAGAGGCCCAGGCCUUGUAUGGCGCACUCCGGGGCUAUCGAUAAGAGCUAAUUAGGCGCUGUGGAUGUUGGCGACCCACCAGCAAUUCAGUGACAAAGUAGCAACACAACAGCUAUUCCGGGACCUUGCCUUACGCAAUAUCAAUUGCGGC